UUUCGCACUCCCAACAAAUUUUGGUGUUCGAAGAAAUGACUCUAAGCAUGAAAGCAGUGCUAGUCAUGGGGCUUGCCAUCUUGAGCCUUUUCUCAGUGGCUUCUGCUAUUUCUGGAACUGCCACCUUUUACACUGUCUAUGUUCCCUCGGCAUGUUAUGGAUUUCAAGAUCAAGGGACUAUGAUCGCAGCAGCAAGCGACCCAAUCUAUAACAAUGGAGCUGCAUGUGGAAGAAUGUACAGAGUGAGGUGCACGGGUGGCACCAACAGUGUGCCUAAUCCUUGCAAGGCCGGAACGGUCACCGUCAAGGUUGUCGACCGCUGCCCCUCGCCGGGAUGCCGAGCAACCUUGGACCUCUCUCGGGAAGCUUUCUCUCGUAUUGCUAACCCUGACGCUGGAAAAGUCAACAUUGACUAUGUCCCGGUCUGAUGCUUCUGGAAGAGAAUAAUCAAGAAAAAUAAUGAUAUAUAAGAAUAAUCAAUAACACGUACGUUAUAUAGAUGUACGUACUUCGUUUCUGUCCUUACGUUUCAGUAAAAGUAUGGUAAUUGUUAUUUCUGUUUGGUCAGGCUUCUAGCUAUAUAUGUGUAUGAAAAAGGAGAAGUAAUAAAACCCAUUUCUAUAAUCUCAAUGUCUCUAAAAGGGAUUAAUUA